AUGUCGGAAAAUAGUGAUAUCAACAACAACAACAACAUUGACAGUGAUCACGAUGAUAAUGAUAACAGCAAUAAUAAUACAGAGAUAGAGAAAUCUGCAAAUGUACCACAGUUGGACUAUGUAGAACAUGAUGAAAUAUUAGAUCUUACAGGACAACCUCAUGACUUUAUUGGUCAAGGUUAUUCAUUACCAGAGACAUUAACUAAACUAUGCCUUAGACAGAAUCUUAUAGAGGAAAUCGAAGGUGUUGAUACUCUAGUUUCAUUGGAAUCGUUGGACUUGUACGACAAUAGAAUAAAAAAUAUUAAAAACUUGAAUAAUCUUCAUAAUUUAACAUAUCUUGAUAUAUCAUUCAAUGAAAUCAGAGGAAUUGAGAAUCUCUUUGCAAAAGAACUACCAAAGUUGAAGGAUCUCUAUCUUGCUAACAACAAGAUAACAGAGAUCAUCAAUCUAGAUCAAUUAGAUACUUUAACAAAUCUUGAAUUAGGUUCAAAUAGAUUAAGAGAAAUUAAAAAUUUAGAUAAUCUAACAAAGAUUGAAACAUUGUGGCUUGGUAGAAAUAAGAUUACAGAGAUAAAGAAUAUUUCACAUAUGACACCAUUGAGAAUCAUGUCGAUACAAUCGAAUAGACUGACAAGAGUUGGUGAUGGCCUUGUCGGACUGACCAACCUAACUGAACUGUAUCUCUCACACAACGGUAUCACCGAUAUCGAUGGUCUGCAAACAUUGACACAACUUCAGAUUCUCGACAUCUCUGCCAAUAAGAUUAAGAAACUGGUUGGCAUCGACAAGUUGACCCAACUCGAAGAUCUAUGGUGUAAUGAUAAUGAAUGCGACGAUAUGGAUAACAUAGAACAACAGAUUCACAAACAAAUUCAAGUUUUAUACUUUGAGAGAAAUCCAUUGGCUCAACACCAACAAUAUAGAAGAAUAUUUAUCAAUAUGUUCCCACAACUUAAACAAUUGGAUGCUACUUUAGUUAAAAGAGUAUAG